AAGGACCCAAGACCUGCCAAUGUCAUCGGCCAUCGAGAGAAAAAGCCUCGAGUCCUCCGAGGAGCCCGUGGAUGAGGUGCUCCAAAUACCCCCUUCCCUGUUAACAUGUGGAGGUUGCCAACAGAACAUUGGGGACCGUUACUUCCUCAAAGCCAUUGAUCAGUACUGGCACGAAGACUGUCUCAGCUGCGACUUGUGUGGGUGCAGACUCGGAGAGGUGGGAAGACGGCUGUAUUAUAAACUGGGCAGAAAACUCUGUCGGAGAGACUAUCUCAGGCUUUUUGGCCAAGAUGGCCUCUGUGCCUCCUGUGACAAGCGAAUCCGGGCCUAUGAGAUGACCAUGCGAGUGAAGGACAAAGUGUAUCACCUGGAAUGCUUCAAAUGUGCUGCUUGCCAGAAACACUUUUGUGUUGGUGACAGAUACCUUCUCAUCAACUCAGACAUAGUGUGUGAACAGGACAUCUAUGAGUGGACUAAGAUCAAUGGGAUGAUAUAGCCCAUUUGUGCCCCAAAGUCUUCAAAAUUCACCUCAUGGGCGACACAAAUACCUAGCAAU